AUGUCGAUGGCUGCUCAGGGAAGCGUGACGCGGGCCCAGCUCGCGGGCAGGCUGCAGGGGCGGGUGCCGGCAGGCCGUGUGGGGCCUGCGGUGCCCAGGGCGCUCCCGGCUGGCGAGCCCGAGCACUCCGCGGGUCCCGCGGCGGGCGCGCCGACGUCCAUUUCGGUCCAGAUGACGCGCCGCGCGACGCUCGGGGCGGCGGCGGGCGCGGUGCCUGCGAUCGGGCUGCUGAACUCGCUCGCCGUGCCUAGCGCGGAGGCCAACACGGUGCUGUCGAACGAGUGGGAGCUGGUGGACCUGCCGAUCGACCCCGCGGUCGUGCUGCUGGACAUCUUCAUGAAGGACGACAAGAACGGCUUCCUCGUGGGCACGCGGCAGACGCUGCUGCGCACCACGGACGGCGGCAACACGUGGGAGAAGCUCUCGGUGCCCGCGCUGGCCGAGGAGGGCUUCAACUACCGCUUCAACUCGGUGUCGUUCAUCGGCGACGAGGGCUGGAUCGUCGGCAAGCCCGCGGUCCUCCUGCACACGACGGACGGCGGCGCCACGUGGGACCGCGUGCCGCUGUCCUCCAAGCUCCCGGGCGUCCCGAUGCACAUCUACUCGACGGGCAAGGGCGAGGCCGAGAUGGUGACGGACCAGGGCGCGAUCUACGUCACGGGCGACGUCGGCGCGACCUGGAAGGCGCAGGUGCAGGAGACCGUCGACGCCACGCUCAACCGCACGGUGUCGUCGGGCAUCUCCGGCGCGUCGUACUACGAGGGCACGUUCAGCAACGUCGCGCGGAACGACGACGGCUCGUACGUCGCGGUGUCGUCGCGCGGGAACUUCUUCAUGACGUGGGCGCCCGGCGAGACGUACUGGCAGCCCCACAACCGGCCGAUGACGCGCCGCGUGCAGACGAUGGGGUACUCGCCCGAGGGCAAGCUCUGGCUGACCACGCGCGGCGGCGACGUGCUGUUCGCGGACUCCCCCGGCGUCACGGAGGCCUUUAGCCAGUCGAAGCUGGGCUCCCGAGGGUUUGGCGUGCUGGACGUCGGGUUCCGGCCGGCCAGCCAAGACGUGUUCGCGUGCGGGGGGUCCGGCACGCUCCUGAAGAGCAAGGACGGCGGAAAGACGUUCAAGCGCGACCGGAGCGCGGACACGGUCCCGGCGAACCUGUACGAGGUGCGCUUCUUCUCGCCCAAGUGCGGGUUCAUCCUCGGGAACAACGCCAAGGUGAUGCGGUUCAUCGGCGGGGGCUCGGCGUGA